UGCUCCAACUUGAAACAAGAUAGUUGUCGGUUAAGUAAUGAAUAAUAGUAUGGCAAUGUCAGGCUCAUCUUCUCUAGCAGAUUCAUCAUCCUUAUUUGAGCAAAACUUAAACUACACUACUGUUAUUAGCAACAAUUGUGGAUUAGGGUUCACCUUUAUGCAGAUGGAGGAGCUCAAAUUACAAGCACUAAUCUACAAAUACAUGGAGGCUGGAUUACCUGUUCCUUCCCAUCUCAUCCUUCCAAUAUGGAACUCGGUUCUUGCAUCCAUCACAGGCUCAGGAGGCGACCGGAGUUUGUACGAAAACUAUAAAUCCACCAUGGAAGCUGAACCAGGAAGAUGCAAGCGAACCGACGGGAAGAAAUGGAGGUGCAGCAAACAAGUUGUCACUGGUUACAAGUACUGCGAAAGGCAUUUGCACCGCGGUCGGAGCCGUUCAAGAAAGGAUGUGGAAGCUGAUGCCGCAGUCUACGCGACCACUGCGGCAACCCAUGAAAAUCUAUGAACUUAACACCGUAUAAAUAAUAUCUAGAAGGUUGAUCUAGCUCUUGGGGUAUCAACUUGUUUUAGUUUUGUUUCUUGAAAAAAUGUUUUACACAAUCUUGAUAAGAUGUUGUUGAUAAUUAGAAAAUUGGGAUUGUUGUGCA